ACGUUGCUGAGCACUGACGCCCUUGGAGGCGCUGUUUACAUGUGACGUCGUCUUUCGCUGUGACCUCACGUCCGCAUUAAUGGCGGGUGGUGAGCGCUGAAAGCGCCAGAUUUGAACGUGGAGCAUCACAACAAACACGAAAAUGGACAUCGUGAGAAAACAAGGUGUCUUUGAUCACCUGUUGAUGUUGGAGAAGGCUGGAACAACAGGCCAGGAAAAGCAAAAGCAAGAUCAUGUAAAGGAGCUUCAUGCUGCAAUAUUAACACUCCGUGCUAAAAGAGAGAGACUUUGUGCUGAAACGGCAGCAUUAAAGAAUCUAAAAGAUAAACUGGACCAAGGGCUGCCAUUGGACGAAGAGGAAACUGAUGACUUCAUGCAACUUGAGCAAUUUCUGCUGAAAUCCAGGCUAAUGCAGCUGAAGGACCUUCAAACAGCUUAUCACCUCAUAGGUGGAUAUAAUCUGAUAGAGAGUAAACAAGGCAAAAGUGUAUGUGUGUCAUUUCGCACUGCCUUUGAGGGCGUGUACUUGGAAACGUACAAUGUGGAAAUGGACUUAACACGCACUGUGCAGAUCAGUCGUCAUAACAUCCCUCCAUGUGUCCCGCUGGAGAGACUUGCCAAAGAGCAUCUACAGACUGAUUUUAAAGUUUUCCUUGAGAUCCUAAGCUUGCACCUCAAUGCUUUAGCUGGACGCAAGCAACAAAUUUUGCUCAUCAAGGAGCUCAUUGGGACAGUAGAAGUGAUUGAAAGAAAUCAACUUUGCAACUUUCUCGUCUUCAUGUGCAAAACACAAGAGGAGACUGAAGCAGCUGUUCUGUGCACACUGGAGUAUGGUGACCUCACCCAGUGUCUGCCUACUCGUGUUACCAUUGAGAGUGAAAAUAAAACACUUGCAGAAUCCCCACAGUGGAAGAAAAACCAGGUGUUACUGAUGGAAUCACCGGUUCACAGUGCUCUUUUGACCAUGAGGAAAAUGGGAAGCAUUGUCUGAGUGAAUGGAGCACAUUUUUUAAGAAGUAUUAUUAAUAUGCUGAAUUCAUAUAAUCAGUACAUAUACUAAUAUACAGUGUGUGUGUGUGUGUGUGUGUGUAUAUAU